AUGGCGCCGGCAGCAGGCGAAUUCUCUGCACCUGGUGCAGUCAGUUAUGAUUCAAACACUCAGGUUGUUGGAGAUGGGACGUGGGAUUUUGACAAGAAUACUUUUUUAUUGCCCAAUUUGCAGGGCACCAACUUCGAGACUACCCGCUACAAUGGCAUGGGAAAUCGAUUCUCGACACUUACCCAGUAUCAUGGCCUUGUCUUAGCACACGGUCUUUUGGGUGUUAUCGUCUUCCUUUUCCUCAUACCUUUCUCGGUCAUGACUGCAAGAUUCUACUCACGACGUCCCGGCUGGGCCAUUAAGUAUCAUGCCCAACUUAACGUCUUCUCUGUCUUGCUCUUGGUACCCGUAUUCAUUCUGGGCUACUUUGCAGUUGGCCCGGAAAGAAGUUUGACUAACCCGCAUCAUGGAAUCGGUGUUGCGAUAUUCACCCUCUUCCUGGUCCAGGUACUCGGUGGUUGGAUUGUACGCAGGAUUACCAAGGCUCGAUCUUUGCGCAUCAUGAUUCACCAAUGGAUCGGUCGGUCAAUCGCCCUCCUGGGAAUGGCACAGAUCCCUCUUGGUCUCACUUUGUAUGGAUCGCCUCUCUACCUGUUUAUCAUGUACGCUGUUUGGAUGUUUAUCCUGGUUAUUCUGUAUUUCAUCCUGAGCUGGCGGUCUGCCAACCAGCGGGACUACUAUAUGGAUGGAGCACGAUCGGAAGUCCGUUCAGAGAUGCGCUCCGAGCUGGCACCAACAGAGGAUACCCGAACUCGACUAACUGAGUCCGAGUUGUUCUCUGAAUACAAGUCGGAGCCUCCAAAGAGCAAGGCUAAGUGGCUGGGUCCUCUCGCUGCUCUUGGUGGAUUGGCGGCUUUGGCUCGAGGACGGAACAAGAACCGGAACCUAGACAACGGCAGUCGAGUCCGCAGCCGAUCUCCUUCUCUUGAUCGUAGCCAGAGACCAGAAGUCGUGGCUUCUAGGAAUGGUUCAGCUAGCUACCUCACUGGAUAUACCGGCGAAAAGUACUCUGACGUUACCGGAAAGGACAACGCAGGUGGCGGAGGAGGCGGCUUCGCAAAGUUCUUGGGUGGUCUGGGACUUGGAAAGUUCUUAUCUAAGAAACAACGACCCCAAGACGAAGAUUAUUCCGAGUAUUCUGCUGUGUCGACCGAAACUCCCAGGCGUCACCGUGCAACCCGCAGCGCUCCCAGCAUGAGCGACGUUACUAGAACUGAUUUGACUAGCACCACUACGCCUGACCGCAAUAGAGAUCCUGGAAGUCGUGGACCGCCACCUGUAAUGUCGCAGAUGAGGAGCGCUGCUGAUGGCACCGAAACUGCCCUGAGCUCGCCUCCGCCAUCCGUCACCCCUCGAAGCAAACGAUAUGGGCCAAACUCUCGACGCAGUGUUUUCGAAGAGUCGGAUUAUUCAUCCUAUGUCAGUCCGUCUCGGCGCCCACCGCCUGAGAAGUCUGGUGGUGGUUUUGCCAAGGGUCUACUGGGAGGUCUAGGUUUCGGUUGGUUUACGAAGAAGAUGGCGGACAGGAAAGCAGCAAAGGAAGAUCAGCGUUUGCGUGAUGAAGAGGACCUAAGAUCCGGCACCUCACUCUCUAGGUUUUCCGCGGACGGAUACGACUCUCCUGGCCGACGAGGCGAUCGCCGACCAGUUCAACGUCGCCAAACGGGUUACCCUCCUACUGACACGAUCCUGUCCUCCGAAAUGUCCGAAUCAACUAUCGAGCCCCGGCCUGCUCGAGGCAACUACGUCUCCCCUACUGAACCCCUGGAUUCAACCGUUGUACCAGCCGGUCGCGCAGGAAACCAUUCAAGACGAAAUAGUGAGCAUGUCUCGAUGCCCGCGAUGCCCCCGGACCCUCGCGGCAUCCUAGCACCAAUGGCCCCUACUGAAACUACUGCCUCAGGUCUAUCACCCGGAUCCCGUGUCCAGCGAUCUCGCCACAAAUCCGCCCCCAGUGAGGAUGGCUCCCGUUACGAGCGCUAUGCGUCACCCGCCAGUGUUAGCGUGAAGAUGAAAGUCCACGAUGACAAGAACAAGAACGUGACCCUCCGAAGACUUACGGAAGAAGAAGCAAAGGCAGCCCGUGGCCGAAGAGACUCUGCCAGUAGCCUUUCCGGACUCGAAUCCCCCACGAAAGGUCGCCGGUAUCGAAGAGACUCCAGUCACAAGCGGACCGAGUCGGCUGCUGAGCGAAGAGCAGAAGAAAAUGACGAUAUAGCUUCUUUAGCCCCUCCUAACCCUACCUUUGCGAAACAGAAACGACGAGGCAAAGAUUCAGCAUAUUAUUCUGGACAACCGGCACCAGCGCCAUCAAUAGGCACCUCGGCACAAUUCAACCAGACAGUCUCCAGUCUGGCUGAGAGUCACGGUACUUGGAGUUGCAUUACUCCUUCAGUGAGAACUUCUGCUCCCGGGCCUUCUAUUGCGCCAGGCGAGGGAUCUGCCGCUGCAGAGGACCGACGAAACCGAAGACGACAAGAGAGAAGACGUGCUAGCGGACAAACCACAGAUGCCCCUGCCAAUGUCGACAUGUUUGAUUGA